UAGGCAUGCGCAGUCAGCGGACAUACAUUGGGAGUUCUCCGUUGCGAGUAAAUCGGACGUUCUGUUAAAUUAUUAAAAAAUUAUUUUCCAAAAUGCAUGAAAUACUCUUUAAUGUCGAUAAUGGUUAUUUGGAAGGUUUAAUUCGAGGAUUUAAGUGCGGAAUUCUCAAAGUUGCUGAUUAUCACAAUCUUGUACAAUGCGAAACUUUGGAAGAUCUGAAGGUCCAUCUGCAGAGCACAGACUAUGGCAAUUUUCUUGCUAAUGAACCAAGUCCUUUAACUGUCAGUAUCAUAGAAGAUAAACUAAGAGAAAAGCUAGUCACUGAAUUUAUCCACAUCAGAAAUCAAGCAGUAGAACCUUUAUCAACUUUUCUGGAUUACAUUACAUACAGCUACAUGAUUGAUAAUAUUAUCUUGCUUAUAACUGGAACUCUUCACCAACGACCCAUUUCGGAGCUGAUCCCAAAAUGUCAUCCUUUGGGAAGUUUUGAUCAAAUGGAAGCCAUUCAUAUUGCUUCUACUCCUGCUGAAUUAUAUAAUGCAGUUCUUGUGGAUACACCAUUAGCUCCAUUUUUCGAAGACUGUAUUUCUGAACAAGAUUUAGAUGAAAUGAAUAUUGAAAUAAUUAGAAAUACCCUGUACAAGGCUUAUCUUGAAUCCUUCUAUAAUUUCUGUAAAGAACUGGGUGGUAUCACAGCUGAAGUUAUGUGUGAAAUCUUAGCAUUUGAAGCUGAUAGAAGAGCCUUUAUUAUCACAAUUAAUUCAUUUGGAACGGAACUGACAAAGGAAGAUCGAGCUAAGCUGUAUCCUCACUGUGGUAAAUUGUAUCCUGAUGGACUUCAGGCUUUAGCUAAAACUGAUGAAUAUGAACAUGUUAAAGCUGUAGCUGAAUAUUAUACUGAAUACCAAAUGCUGUUUGAGGGUGCUGGAACAAAUCCUGGUGAAAAGACUUUGGAGGAUAAAUUCUUUGAGCAUGAGGUGAGACUGAACAGUGGUGCAUUCCUUCAACAAUUCCAUUAUGGAGUAUUUUAUGCAUAUGUGAAGUUGAAAGAGCAAGAGUGCAGAAACAUUGUGUGGAUUUCAGAGUGUGUUGCCCAGCGUCAUAGAGCCAAGAUUGAUAACUAUAUCCCUGUCUUUUAAUGUGAACAAAUGUUUUGCAUAUUAGCCAAGAUUUGAUGUGUUAACUAUCAUUCCAGAAUGUUGUAUUGUAUGUGUAGCAUUAUAUUAGUUUGUGAAGAUCUUUUGAAAAGCUGUAUAUUUAUUGUUUUCAUAUCUUAGAAAACUAUUGUAAAUAAUAACACAUCCUAAAUGUGUGUUGGUUGUAUAAAGUUAAAAAAUAAUAUUUAUAGUGUUUAAUUAUAUUCUGAAACUUAUUUAAAAAACAGAAUGUUCAAAAACAGACAUUUUUAUUAUUAUUAAAAAAUUCUGUGAAGGGAAAUUUUAUUUUUUGUGAACAAAUCAAGAAAUGCCAGCUCCAAAGAUAGCAUAUCUAAUUUUAAAUAUACUAAUGUGUUUUUGUAAAUGAUUGUUGUUUUUACAUGUUAUGGAUUUUUUUUAGUACGGUUAUAAUGAAGUCAUAUGGCUGUAAUGUUUUUCAAUAAGAGAGAAUUGUGUGUUUUGUUUUAGAAUAACUUUUAUUUAAAUUUUAAAAUGGAAUUAAAAUAUCACUUUAGAUUUAUCAAUAUCAAUAGUUUCUUUUGAAGACUUGUUUCUUGUUAUAGGUUAAUUGUUUGUAUUUUAGACUUUGUAAUGAUUUUUUUAACAGUGGUGGUAGAGGGCUGUAUAGUUCUAAAAAAAAAAAAAAAUUGUAACUAAAAUUCGUAAGUUGGAGUUCAUUUUAUUGUUGUCAUCAAAAUUAUGUUUAUGGUACUGUUUGUUAAGUAACAUUACUUUGAAUGUUUGUAAAUCCAAAAGAAUAGUAUAUUUUUCAUUAAAUUCCACUUUUUUUUUAUGGAUUACAAUAAAAAUUUGAGAACAAACAUUUAGUUUUAUAAUCUACUGUGAAAUGAUAUUAAUAUGAAAUAUUAAAACUUAUUUAUAUGGACUAAUAAUGAAGAUAGCUUGAUUCUGGAUAUUAUUUUUUUUAAAAAUUCCUUUUCAGUGUAUUGUAAAAUUGUGCUGCCAUAUUUUUUUUUAUAAACUAAUAUUUAAAAUGGUCUUGAUAAUUCCCUUCAUUAAAUAGAUACUGAUGCAAAUAAUUCUAUUAAUCCAAAAGUGUUUUUUUAAAAUAAAAUAUGUAUACUUUAUGCUGAAUUUGUACCUGGCCCUUUUGUUUAAAUUUUAAAAGAUUUUCUUCAAUGAAUUUUACAUAUUUGAUGAAAUUUAUAUUGAACUUUGAGUUUUAAUUGGUGGUUUCUAGUUUUUUUUAUAACCCUAAAAAUAUUUAUAUGUGGUGCUAUUGGUUCUUUCUUUUUUCUAAAAGAUUGAAUAUAUUAUUCAAUAUAUAUUAUAAAUAUUAAAAGAUCUGAAUAUAAAGCUAAAUAGUGUUAAUUACAUUAAAGUGAUGUCACUUUAAAUUUUCAGAAAAAUUAUUGGGUAAAUGUUUUAUUACC